AUGGCAAGCGCUCCCCCAGCCCAAACGGAGCCCUGGCCCCCGCCGCCCGGGAGCCUGGUCCACUCUCGGCCCUCGGCCAAGAUGACACGCUUUGGGAGGACCCUCCCGGCUCCCUGGAGGUGCCUCCUGCUAAGGCGGCAACGGCCGGCGAGGCCUGCAGGGGCUCAGUCCUGGGCAGCGGGCAGUGGUCCACGGGCAGACGGCAUGGGCGCCUCUUCCCAAAAGCUCAUCGGCACACACCGAGGGGGCCCUGCUGGUCCACCCCCCUCGGGUGGUGACGACAUCACCCUCGAGGCCGCCGGGAGGGACACGGGGCAGCAGAUGCCCGAGGGCUGGGAGGGCCCGAUUGCGGGGGCGAGGACCCUGCCCACACCCCUCUCGGGGAAGGUGGCAGCCCCUCGGCUGGAGAACAUCCUGGCUCAGCAACCCCCGGGCCGCACCGCGGCGGGCACCAGCUGCACUCGGGAGGGCGCUGGGCCUCCCCGGGCCGACCCCAGGCCCACCCCGCGCGUGAGCCUGCACCCCGGGCCCGGCUCCCAGCGUGACUCCACCCAGCCUCCUCCUCCUGAUUCCCAGGGCGCCCGCUGCCCCCUCAUCCCCAAGUUUGCUCCUUCUCACACCCACAGCCCAGCAUCCCCCACAAGCCCCCAGCCCCUGCCCCUCUGCCCCCGCAGGACCGUGUCCCCNCUGAAGGGCUCUGAACAGACGACCAACGUGGUCAGGCUGGCGAGGCUCUGGGAGCGUUUCGGCUUCUACGAAGGGACGCCUGGGUGGGUGUGA